AUGCUUGGCUUUAUCCAGAAUUUAGCAGGUUUGAGGCUCUCCAAGCCCUCCAGCUUGCUUGCCAUACGAAACGCGUCGUAUUUGGGGCGAUUGGUACCCUCGGAAGGCGCGGUAAAAAGCUACAAGCGGCUCGGAAGAGGUCCUGCUUCCGGCAAAGGUAAGACUUCCGGUCGAGGUCAAAAAGGUCAAAAGGCUAGAGGUACCAUUCCAAGAUGGUUUGAGGGUGGACAAACCCCCUUUUACAAAAGAUUCCCCAUUAUUGGUUUCAAACGUCCUCAUAAACGGAUUUUUCACGAAUUGAACUUGGACAGGAUCCAAACUUUUUGGAAUGAAAAUAGAAUACCCCUUGAAGCCGGAAGUACGUUGACCAUCAAGGUGAUGAGAGACUGUGGAAUCAUAACCGGAUCGGUCAAAGAUGGUGUUAAAAUUCUUGCAAAUGGUGCUGAUGAGUAUACUGUACCAUUGAAUAUUGAGAGUUCCAAGGCAUCUUUAGGAGCUAUCAAAGCAAUUGAAAAAACCGGCUCGACCUACACAUCAGUUUAUUUUACCCGGUUGAGUUUGCAGGCUCAUAUAUUCCCGGAAAGAUUUCUUCUUAAGAAGGGUUAUCUUCCCCUUCCUGCUCGCCCUAUACAUAGAAGAGACAUUGAAUUUUAUUCCAAUGAAGAAAAAAGAGGAUAUUUGUUGAAGGACCGUUCAAUUCUCUUGGAUCAUAUGGGACAAAAGUCCAGAACGCAAAAGAGGGCGAGGAAGAGCGAAUUGACGAAGCAAUUGGAAGCAGCGUCUCAAAAGACCCACACAGACUUCUCACAAACUAGUGUAGUAGAUAUCAGCAAAUUUGCCUGA